UGUUUUCGCGCGAUUAUCGCGAGCCGAAAAGACUCACGUGACCCGGAAGUGCGCCGGAAAAUACGACGACGAUUUCUUUUCGCUCGCGAGUGGAUGUACGAGAGUUUUCGCCCGCGAGUCUGCGACCGCGUCCCCGGGGAAUGCGGUUCGAUCGAACCGGCCGCUUCUCGCGAUCACGAAAUUCCUUCGAGGAGCGAUGGUGAUCGAUGACCGUAGAACUUGGUUAGAGUAAUUCGUCGCACGGAUGACACAGUGUUCUCUAGUGAAGAUUUUAGACUGUCAAAAAGAUUGGGCACACUCACUGUCGCGCGCGUGAGUUAUCUAAGCUUCGCAACUCGUUGAAAAAAAAAAACAAAAAAAAACAAAAAAAACAAAAUCGAGCGAUCGAUUGUACGGUGUUUGAACUAGUUGCAAGAAAAAAAAACAAACAGAUUACAUUCCGAAUUCUCUUUCUUCGAGAGCGCGCGCGAUAUAACGCGAAUGACGGGGGAUUAAGACUGCGCGCAGUUUUUAUAACCGCGACAGUGAAAAACGAAUGAGCAAGCGGCGAGAACAAUAAAAUUCGAUCUCUCUUCGAUAUGCAGGGCAGGUCAAAAUGACUCUAUGAGGGAAUGGCGCGGGGGAUGACGGAGCGCGUCGAGGAUUAAAGGAGACGCGUCGGAAUGUCGGGAACGUCGCGUCGGUUCUGAACCGGCUCGGGCACAGGUGGAAGCAUCGGCAGCGUCUCGUUCUUUUCAACGUGAGGAUCGUUGGCGACAAUCAUGUUGUGCAGGACGAGUCUCGUAAGGUGUGUCUCGGCAGCUUUUACGUCGGAUAGAUGAACGUCAUGCUCGAACGGAAGAUGAAGGUCAUCUAAGAAAUCUCCCUCGAUGUGCGACAAGAUUUUGACGAUGUGCAGUUUAGUGUUAAAGUGUCGGUGAGAACGGAGAAACUUCGCGUACUUAUGAUUUUCUUUUCUUUCAUUUUAUCGUAGCGCUCUUUGCGAAAAAUCCGCACACGAACAAUGUCGUAGUCGCCCAAAUGCGAACUGACUUCACGUUGGACACAAUGGCACUGCUAUUCGCCAUAAUCGUUAUUUCGAUUGCCACUGCCAUGUCGCUGCCGCCGGUCAUCAGAAUCGGAGCGAUUUUCACCGAGGAUCAAAAGGAUAGCCCAUCGGAGUUAGCGUUCAAGUACGCCAUUUACAAGAUCAACAAGGAUAAAACUCUCCUAGCGAACACGACGCUGGUUUACGAUAUCCAAUACGUGCCUAAAGACGACUCGUUCCGCACGUCCAAAAAAGCUUGUAAGCAGUUAUCCAGGUCGGUGCAAGGCAUCUUCGGACCGUCCGACCCACUUUUAGGGGCUCAUAUACAGAGUAUAUGCGAGGCACUGGACGUUCCUCAUCUCGAGGCGCGGGUCGAUUUCGAGCCCACUUUUAAGGAGUUCAGCAUUAACCUAUAUCCGGCUCAAGACCACCUUAACAAAGCGUUCAAGGACCUCAUGUCCUUCCUUAACUGGACCAGAGUGGCCAUUAUCUACGAAGAGGAUUACGGGUUAUUCAGACUGCAGGAUCUCGUGAAAUCCCCGCCAUCCGUGAGGACCGAAAUGUACAUCCGUCAGGCGGGUCCCAGAUCUUACAGGCAGGUUCUGCGCGAAGUCAGGCACAAGGAGAUCUUCAAACUGAUCGUCGACACGGAUCCGGCGCACAUGCAGCAGUUCUUCCGAGCGAUAUUGCAGUUGCAAAUGAACGACUACAGAUACCACUAUAUGUUCACGAGUUUUGACAUAGAAACGUUCGAUUUGGAAGAUUUCAAGUACAACAGCGUGAACAUGACAGCCUUUCGUCUGGUGGAUCUCGACGAACCCAAGGUGGCGGAAGUACUCAAGCAGAUGGAACGUUUCCAGCCGGCGAUCGGACACGCCAUUCUGAACAAAACGGGAGUCAUAGAGGCAGAACCAGCUUUGGUGUAUGAUAGCGUGCAAGUUUUCGCGCACGGAUUGGCAGCUCUGGACCGUAGUCACGAUUUACGACCGGCAAAUCUGUCCUGCGAGAAAGAGGAACCGUGGGACGACGGUUUAUCGCUCUACAACUAUAUUAAUGCCGCAGGUUUACACGGACUAACCGGACAUAUCGAGUUUAACGACGGGAAGAGAAACAAUUUCAAACUGGACCUUCUGAAGCUGAAGAAGGAAGAGCUCGUCAAAGUCGGCGAAUGGAAAUCCGGAUCCGGCAUUAACGUCACAGAUAUGGACGCCUUUUACGAGACCACAGCGACCAACAUUACCCUCGUAGUGAUGACGAGAGAGGAAAGACCUUACGUCAUGGUAAAGGAAGACAAGAAUUUGACUGGCAACGCGAGGUUCGAGGGCUUCUGCAUCGAUUUGCUCAAGUGGAUCGCCAAUCAGGUCGGCUUUCAGUACGCGAUCAAAUUGGUGCCCGAUCACAUGUACGGGGUAUAUGAUCCCGAGACGAAGGAGUGGAAUGGAAUCGUGCGCGAGCUUAUGGAGAAGAGAGCGGAUCUAGCGGUUGCUUCCAUGACGAUUAAUUACGCUAGAGAAAGCGUAAUAGACUUCACAAAGCCGUUUAUGAACCUCGGGAUUGGAAUUUUAUUUAAGGUGCCGUCCAGUCAGCCGACGCGGCUCUUCUCCUUCAUGAAUCCGCUGGCGGUCGAGAUCUGGCUGUACGUGCUCGCCGCCUACAUGCUCGUGAGCUUCACCCUCUUCGUGAUGGCGCGGUUCAGCCCGUACGAGUGGAACAAUCCGCAUCCGUGUCUGGCCGAGAGCGACGUGGUCGAGAAUCAGUUUAGCGUCAGCAACAGCUUCUGGUUCAUCACCGGCACCUUCCUCAGGCAGGGCAGCGGGCUCAACCCCAAGGCCACUAGCACGAGAAUAGUAGGCGGUAUAUGGUGGUUCUUCACGCUGAUCAUUAUCUCGUCUUACACCGCAAAUCUGGCCGCCUUUCUGACGGUCGAGAGAAUGAUCACGCCGAUAGAGAACGCCGCCGAUCUCGCGGAACAAACCGAGAUAUCCUACGGCACGCUGGCGGGCGGGAGCACGAUGACGUUUUUCAGAGAUUCGAAAAUUGGCAUCUAUCAAAAGAUGUGGAGGUUCAUGGAAUCAAAGGGUCCAUCCGUAUUCGUUCAGUCGUACGAAGAAGGAAUAAAGAGGGUUCUGGAAGGUGACUACGCGUUUUUAAUGGAAUCGACCAUGCUUGAUUACGCCGUGCAACGUGAUUGCAAUCUGACGCAAAUUGGGGGUCUGCUUGACAGCAAGGGAUACGGAAUCGCUACUCCGAAAGGCUCGCCCUGGAGGGAUAAAAUAUCUCUCGCUAUUCUGGAGCUACAGGAAAAAGGUGUAAUACAGAUUCUCUACGAUAAAUGGUGGAAGAACACGGGCGAUGUGUGCAACAGAGACGACAAGAAUAAGGAGAGCAAGGCUAACGCUCUCGGGGUUGAAAAUAUUGGCGGUGUCUUCGUCGUGCUGCUCUGCGGUCUGGCGCUCGCGAUCGUGGUGGCGAUCCUCGAGUUCUGCUGGAACUCCAAGAAGAACGUUCAGUCGGACAGGUCUCUCUGCGCCGAGAUGGCCUCGGAAUUGCGAUUCGCCAUCCGCUGCGGCUCCCGGCAAAGACCCGCCGCGAAAUCGCGCAAUUCCGCGGCCGCCGGAUUGUGCGGCCAUUGCAGCAGUCCGCGUUCUUCGUCCAGGAGACGGACGCGCCUAUGCGCCGAACACGAGGAGACCACCUACAUACCGAGCAUCGAGAUCCCGCGAUUAAAUGGUGAGGGUGGUGCGUUGUCGAUGACGGAGAUGAAGAAAUCAUUGAGCUUCGAUCAAAUGCCCCAUGGCGGGAACACCUAGCACAGGCCUCAUCUUCAUCUUCGUUCUCACCAACAGCAGCAGCAGCAGCAACAACAACAACAAGCGCAACAACAACAACAGCCACCGUGCAA